UCAGCUACAUCUCUGCGACCUGCGCGUGUGAGAGAUGCGGCCAUGGCAACGGGCUUUGUCGCUGUUGAGCGAGAUGUGGAAAACGAGGCUGGACCCAAACGUUGUCAGCUUCAACGCAGGGAUCAGCGCGUGCGAGAAGGGUCAGCAAUGGCAAUGGGCUUUGGCGCUUCUGGGCGAGAUUCGGGAGGCAAAGCUGGAGGCGAACGCCAUCAGCUACACCGCUGGGAUCUGCGCGUGUGAGAGAUGUUGCCAGUGGCAGCAGGCAUUAUCACUGCUCGGCGAGAUGGAAAAACUCAUUUUGGAAUCAGACAAGAACGUGUACAACUUGGUCAUCACAGCGUGUGAGCAGUCAUCUGGCGACUUGGCAGGAUUCCCGGUCUCCCUUCGGGUCGGCCUUUGACGCUUUCGAGUAUCUUGCGAUGCACUUUGCGUGUGAUCACGCUAGGCAGCCACAGGAUAGUUUGAACAAGCAUCAUCUUAUCAGGGCGGGCAGUGGCAGCGGGCGCUGGCGCUGCUGAGCGAGAUGCGCCAGGCGAAGCUGGAGCCCAAUGUCACCACUAGUCAGCUACAGCCCUGAGAUCAGCGCGUGCGAGAAGGGCAGGCAGUGGCAGCGGGCGCUGGCACUGCUGAGCGAGAUGUGGGAGGCGAAGCUUGAGCCCAACGUCAUCUGUACCUGGUCGCGGUGCGUGCGAGUCGGGCGUUCCGGAA